AUGAAUCAUAUUAUUCAACAACCAAAGACAGUCCAAAAGUAGAAGAAACCUUCCAAUGUUGUAUCAAAACAUCCAGAAAUUCAGUCAAACAAGACCCUUGACGAUUUAAGAAACAAGGAAUGGAGUGUAGCCAUCCAGAAAGAAAUCGACCUAUUCGAAUAGACUAUCCAUGAAGUUGAAGCCUUAUUCAAGGAGGCAUCUACAUCCUAACAUUUAGUAAGUUUAGGAACUUUUAAAUUGGUUCAAGAUGAAUACGAAUUCUCAGCCUAGAAAUUGCAGCACUUGAGAGAGACACUUGCAAAGUAUUCUGAUGAUCGCUCUAAAUACCAUCAAAACAAAUAGAAAUUGAAGGCUUUGACAAAUAAAUAAGAGAAAAGUGCUGAGGAUAAUGAAGCCAUAUCAAAGAUUACAAAGGACCAAUAAAAUUUCAAAUACACCAUCAUGAAUUAAAGAGACAGGAUCCAAUUCCAACUUGGAGUUGCUUCAAGAGUGCUCACCCUCAUCCAAGCCUAUAUUAAAUUGAAGGAUUAAUAUUAAAAUUAACAGGAAUUACAAAGACACAGAGAUUACAUCCUUUCGAAGAUAGACAAGAUCAAGAAGACAGAGGAGAAGCAUACCAAGAAGAUUGAAAGACAUUACAAUAGAAUAUAGGUUGAAGAUCCUGAUGCUCCUGAAGAAAUUGAAGUUGAAGAAGAAGAAAGUGAAGAAGAGUAAGUUGGUGAAGAAUCUAACACAGCGAGAGAGGACUUAUUAAAGUUGUGCGAUAGUGUGGUUUCUUACCUCUAAAAGUUCGAGAAAAAAGAAGGAAAUCAAUUCAUAUAACAUGAUUUAACUACUUUCCAAUAUUUUGAUUAAAUUAAAGUGGCUGCCCCAUUUUAUCUAAAUUAAAUUGAUGUGGCUAUUGAUUUGAUUAAAUCCAAAAGGUCAUUUUAUGAGAAUGCCCCUGAAACUGAAUUUACCAAAAAAGAGCCAUAAUAAGUCGCCUAGUAAUAAUAAUAGAAGGUGGAUGUUACCAACGAGUAGGAGUUUCCUAAAUUAUCAUGAGAGUAUUUAUUAUCGUAUAAAAAACACAUAAAUCCGACAUAAUUAUGACCAAA